UCUAUCGUAAGAUGUUGUUUUACAUCAACCGCAAAUAAAAACAAGCUAAUAAGUUGUAUCGCGUAAACAUUUCUCGCCGCAUCCGGGAUAAUUUGCAUAAAAAACACAGUCAGUAUUCAUUUCAUAUCAAAGUUGAUACCGCCGCUCAGUAAACUUGUUCAUUUCAUUCACUUUAAGUACUGUGUCAAUAUGAAUAUUGCUAACGUUUUGUUGGCGUUGUCGGCUGGAUUUUUCUGGUACGGAGAAGCAUGUCGAUGUGGAAUUGUGGAAGAAAGGGACCGCUAUUGCAGAGCCGAAUGGGCAAUGAUUGGAAAUGUUGUUUCAUCCACAGUCGUGGGUAAUGAACGCAUUUACACUGUCAUAGUUCGAUUGAGCUUAAAGGGUAACACUGGAUACGCUCCCGUACAAGUGUACACACCCACGGAAGGUUCUGUGUGUGGGGUUACAUUGGACGUAAAUAAAAACUACCUGCUUGCUGGGUCCUAUCUUGAGAAACGCCUUCAUCUGGGAUUGUGCAGUAUCGCAAGAGAGAUGACACGCAAAGAAGUGUAUAUAUACAGCCCACCGUAUUGUUAGUGUUCAGAUACAACCUUUAACAAUUACAAUGAAUGAAUUGUUUGUGUUUCUUUAAUACAGUUGUACCAGU